UUGUCCUCGCAGGAUAUGAAGAAGGUCCCUCCUUUGGCCCUCAUAGCGACGGCGCGCUCUGUUGACAUCCUUGGCCUGGACUUGAAGCGGAGCCAAGGCGGGAAGUGGAACCCCAGACACUUGCCUUUUGGUGUGCCCCUUGACAGCCUGCUGGAAGUUGACCACAAAGUCCUCCCCAGCAUCCAGAUCCCACUGCUCCUGCAAGCCCUGCUGGCCUGUUUGGAGAAGAGAGGGCUGGAUGCAAAAGGCAUUCUCAGGGUGCCUGGGUCCCAGGCCAGGGUCAAGGGGCUGGAACAAAAGCUGGAGAGAGACUUCUAUGCUGGCCUUUUCAGCUGGGAUGGGGUUCACCCCAAUGAUGCCUCCGAUUUGCUCAAAAGAUUCCUGCGGAAGCUGCCAGUGCCUCUGCUCACUGCCGAGUAUCUCCCAGCCUUUGCUGCUGUGCCCAACCUCCCUGACCUGAAACAGCGCCUGCAGGCUCUUCACCUGCUCAUUCUCCUCCUCCCGGAGCCCAACCGAAACACCUUAAAGGCACUCCUGGAAUUCCUCAGGAAGGUGGUGGCCCAGGAACAGCACAACAAGAUGACUCUUUGGAACGUUUCCAUGGUGAUGGCCCCUAAUCUCUUCCUGCACCAAGGGCAUCCCCCCAAGCUCCAUAAGGGUGAAAAGCAGCUGGCAGAGGGUGCAGCUGAGGUGCUGUGCAUAAUGGUACACUACCAGGACCUGCUCUGGACGGUGGCCUCUUUCUUGGUGGCCCAGGUGCGAAAACUGAAUGACAGUAGCAGCCGGCGCCCCCAGCCCUGCGAUGGAGGCCUCGAGACUUGGCUUCGGAGGACACACGUGGAUAGGGACAAGACGAGGGACCUCCUUGAGGCGACUCCCAAAGUAGCAAAGAUCCAGGCGGCCUGGCCUAGCAAGAACCCGUUCCAAGUGCCUCUGACCCCCAGCACCCAAGUGGCCCAUGUCCUGAAGCAGUUUUCCGAGGACAUCAGCCCUGGGUCACAGAAUGAAGAGGGCUGUGAGGACCAGGACAGCCUCCUCCCAGACAACAGGUCCAUGGAGUCAGCCAACUUCAUCCUCUAUGAAGUUGGAGGAAAUAUCAGUGAGCAUUGCCUGGACUCAGAUACCUACCUCUUAGACCUGCAUCGCGCCAACCCCCAUGGUGAGUGGGUCAUUAAACAGAGCCCCACCUGA